AUGUUUCAUUCAUUCCAGGCCACCAAAGCGUCGAGCGAGGAGACCACGGCAUCCGCAAAAUCAUCACGACCAUCGGGAACACGUCGCAUCACGACGAGUAAUGCUUGCGGAUCCUGCAGGCGGAGAAAAAUUCGCUGCGAUGGGGCCACACCCUGCGGCCAAUGUGUGUACUAUCAGCAAGCAGAUGCUUGUGUGUACUCGAAGCCGCCUCCUCGGGUCGUGCCAUCCAAGAAAUUAGUCGAGGAUCUGGCAGCCUCGGUCGAGCGAUACCGCCUGGUCUUUCAACGUCUCUUCCCUGGCAGAGACAUCGAGCAAUUGGCUUCACUUUCCAAAGAUGAUCUCGUUGCCGCAUUAGAUGCACCGCCGCCAGCGACCGACUCGAGCACUCGAACAUUAGAACUGGGCUCACCAACUUCAACUCUGGAGUCGGAAGGAGCUGAUAGCCUGGAAACGCUGAUACAAGCGCCGGAACAAGAUCCGGUGGCCGAUGAGGCUACUCGUCAUCAAGCCAGGGUACAGGGUAUCUCCGACGAUGUCAACGGUCUUUCGCUAUCCCUGGAUAGGCCAUCUUCUUAUGUAGGCGUCUCAUCAAUCACAGCUGCGCUGAAGGUCAUAUGCAGGGUAGCUCCUGCGACGCGGAGACUGUUAGCGUUAGGCCAACCCGAAACGGCUCUGCCCAGCCGGACAGGCUCACCAUCCCUCGAUUUGGAAAAUUUGGACCCGAUGUAUACACCACCUGCCGAUGUUGGACAUGUCUUGAUUGAAACAUAUUUCAGUAAAGUCCAUCCACUCAUGCCCAUGCUCGACGAGCAGCAGUUCUGGCAAAUAUGGCUUUAUGGUGAGCGUAGAGACUCUGCCUGGCUGGCCUUACUGAACACAGUACUGGCCUUGGGUUCUGUCAUGUCCUCAGAAUGUACCAGCAAUGCGCAUGAAGCAUACUAUCAACGAGCUAUGCAACUGCUGGACUUGGACAGCCUUGGAAGCGGCAACACCCUCGUCGUGCAAGCCUUGGGUCUUCUCAGUGGCUACUAUCUCCAUUAUGUCAGCAGACCUAAUCUGGCGAACAACCUUAUGGGUGCAACACUGCGCCAAGCCACAGUAUUAGGUUUGCAUCGGGAGUACACAGACGCGAGCCCUGACGGUAUAGUGACCACCAAAGCGACGUCUGCAGACGUCAGACGACGGACGUGGUGGAGUUUAUACGUUCUGGACACAUGGGCGAACACAACAACUGGAAGACCGUCGCUGGGACAACCAAGCAAAGGCAUCACAGUCAGAGUUCCGAAUGUGCCAGAUGCUCAGGAUCCCGAGACAGCCAAGUUCCUACCUCUUGUAUACAACGUUCAAUUUUGCAGGAUCGCUACUCAGAUUCAGGAUGCACUGUGUGCUACGCCAAUUUUGCCAUUUGAUGAGCUCAAUAGACUGGAUAGAGAACUACUGCAGUGGCACACCGAUCUACCGGCUUCUUUGAAGCUCGAUGCUUCUACAAAUGGCAACAGCCAGCAAUCAUCGAAGAGUCAAUCAGAUACGGCGGGCAUUCUCAGGACAACAAGUAUGAUCAUGCAUUGGAGGUAUCAAAAUCUCAGACUCUUGUUGCAUCGACCUUAUCUUCUGGCUACGGCUUUGCGCAGUGGAAGUGAUGCCACACUGUCUGCAGAGGAGAAGGUCGGUGUAGGUCGUUGCAGGGCUGUCGCGGCCCGAACAAUAUCAGAUAUCAGUAGCAUGUGUCCGGAAGACCUGCUUGCUGGCUGGAAUGGAGUCUGGUUCAUGUAUCAAGCAGUCAUGGUUCCGCUUGUGUGCGCCUUCUCGUCCUUGGGCAAAUCACAACCUCGGCCUAUGGAGGAGACGCAAAGCGAGACUGAUGGCAGAGAAAAAGCCAGUGACAAGGCCAGGACUCGUGACCAAACAGGCUUGCAGGAAUGGCAGACUCAGAUCGAGCAAGCACUACAAUACUUUGAAAGGAUGACUCGUUGGUCUACAACAGCCAAAAAAUCACGAGAUGUCGUAUCCCGACUCUAUGAAGCAAGCAAGCAUCUCGCCGACCAAGACUUCCGAAGUCGCUUCUCCGCUCAAGAUCAGUUUCUGCGAGCUACGAAUCAGCAUCAAAACCUCGAUUCAGUCGCCACCAAUAAAGACGUCAACGAGAAUACUCUAGAUCACCCUCAAACAUCUGUAGCGACUUCAGAUCUACUGACAGAAGAUAUCUGGGGUCUGUCACCCAACGGAGCGGCUGCCAUGAACAACUUCUGGUUCGAUGACAUGAUGUGGGAUAUUCCUGCGGCAGAUACUGACAUGUUCGAUAAUACUGGUACCGGCUUCGCGUAUAAUGAGCUCGACUGGCUAUCCAGCUUGAACUACCAAAGUGGUGGCGACCAGGGAUGGCAGUAUCAGCCACAAUAG